AUGGGUGAAAACAAACCAUCACAGCUUUGGCGGGCAGAUUCAAUCUCCGAGACCAAUCACAUUUCUGCAUAUAAAGCCCGAAACACUCUUGCCGAAGUCAAACUCAGAAUGGCUUCCACUACCAACCCAGCUCUCGACCCCGAUUCGGACACUCCGGAUAACCCGGGUCACGAGUUUGCUCAAUUCGGGUCGGGUUGCUUCUGGGGAGCCGAGCUCAGGUUUCAGCGGGUCGUCGGCGUGGUCAAGACCGAGGUUGGGUACUCCCAGGGCCACAUCCACGACCCGAAUUACAAGCUGGUCUGCUCCGGAACCACUAACCACUCCGAGGUGGUUCGGGUCCAGUUCGACCCGCAAGUCUGCCCAUAUUCGGACCUGCUUUCCGUCUUUUGGUCUCGUCAUGAUCCAACUACCCUCAAUCGCCAGGGUGGAGAUGUGGGAACUCAAUAUCGAUCUGGAAUAUACUACUACAACGAAACGCAGGCUCGUCUAGCCGAGGAAUCGAAGGAAGCAAAGCAAAAGGAGUUUAAGGACAAGAGGGUGGUGACAGAGAUUCUUCCAGCAAAGAGGUUUUACAGGGCAGAGGAAUACCAUCAGCAAUAUCUGGAAAAAGGAGGAGGUAAUGGCAACAAACAAUCUGCUCAAAAGGGUUGCAAUGAUCCUAUUCGAUGCUAUGGUUGAGAAGCUAAUGCAUCGUGCAUGAUUAAAACUCUUUGCUGGUUUACUUACUAUUUGAAAAAAACCUAUGUCAGUUCAAUUAUGCUAAAGGCACCAAAGUGACCAAACUGUUUACUUGAAUUAUAUUGGCAAUAUUGUACUUGUUACAAAUAAACGAGGUUGAAACUCGACUGGAUAUGGACGAAUGAAACAUUGUCAUCAUAAUUGGGAUCCAGAAUCUGUUAUUUGUUUUAGUGUAUGCAGUGCUCAUAUCAUAUAUGCAAAUGAUGCAACGUGUUUUUAUAUAUCAAAAAGUUCUUGUCA